AAGAUGGUACUUCUGUGAAAAACAUUUCUUGCACUCAGGACAGGAAUACGGCUUCUCCCCUAUGUGACAUUUCUGAUGUCUGUUAAGAUUGCACUUCUGUGAAAAACAUUUCCACACUCAGGACAGAAAUAUGGCUUUUCGCCUGUGUGAAAUCUCUGAUGUAGAGAAAGACCUGACUUAGAUGAAAAAAAGCAUUUCCUGCACUCAAUACAGGAGAAGCUCUUCUCUGUUGGAAGGCCGGCCCGGUCCCGCACAGUCUGAGGUUCCUCAGGACACGAGGAAUCCGAUGGUCCAUCUACACUGGGUGGUGCCGGAUGGACAUUGGAGGGAGCCGGGUUUUCUC